CCCCAGUUCCUUUUUCCAUCGCUGAAACCGAGCUUCCAGCCAUGUUCCUGGGGCUUUGCGGCCUGCUGGUCUAUGGCGUGCAGGCUGAGUAUGCGAGGAGCUUGGGCCAAGACCUGGCGCAGUUCCUGGCGCCGAAGGCCUGCCAAGGCCCCACGCUCAUUCUCUUCUCCUCCGCAUCUUCGGCUUCGAGGAACGCCUUCGAAGAGUCUGCAGAAGAGACAGCAGGCCUGGCGUGCAUGGGUACUCUGGACUGUGACCAGUGGCCUCGGAUUUGCGCAGAGCAGAACGUGAGGCAGAGGCCGCUGGUGAUGCUGUACCCCACCGGGAAUCGUGCCGCGCGCGUUUUCCAGGGCCAGCACUCUCGUGAGGGCUUCACCUCGGCCGUGGCGAGCAUGAUCGCCUUCAACGACCGGACAGUGCAGGUGACCAAGAAGAACCUAAACGAGUUCCUGGGAGGACGGCUGCACCCCAUCAAGGUGAUCCUCUUCUCCCGGCGCAAGGGCACCCCCGCCAUCUUCAAGGCGCUGUCCAGCGACGUGGACCUUUGGCCCCACAUGGACUUCGGCUUUGUGCCGGAAGAGGUGGACAAUACCCGAAACCCCCUGCUGGAGAUCUAUGGAAUCGGCCUGGUGCCGCAAGUCUUGGUCCAGUACGGCCUAGACAUGUCCUCAGUGCAGCUCUACCCCAGCAACGACAUCACCUACCGGGCCCUCAAGGACUGGCUCCUCGCGUGCCGCUCGGAGAUGUGGCUCGGAAGCCCCACCUGGCCGGAGGAGGAGGAGGAGGAGGUCGUGGAAGAAGUUGCCGGGUCGAAGUAUCAGCUCUUAGCGCCAGGCACGGCAGGCUGCCCGAAGGGUCUGGAGAUCGAGUCGGUGUCGGAGUGCCAACUGGCCCUCGCGGAGCUCGGCAUGGAAGCAGAGCCUUCCUGGGUCUCGAACUUCCCGGAGCUCCCCAGCAAGUGCUCCGUGCGUGAGCAAGCCUCCGCAGAGCACAAGGAGCGCAUGCACUUCAACUCCUUUGUGGGGGGCGCAGGCCGCAAGGACCUAUCCCCGGUCUGCAAGCGCGCGCCAUCCUCCGAAGCCGAGAGCGAGCCGGUGGUAAGGGAACUGGACAUCUCCGGGAUUCCCGGGGUGCAGCAGUUCAUCGAAAGCCUCGGGGCCAGCGGGGAGGGCAUCGAGGGCCUGGCGGAGCUGAUGAGCAAACUGGCGGAGCCUCAACCGGAGCCCCAGGCCAGCGCGACGUCUCCUCCCACGCCAGCCACAGCGACGGAGUAUGUGAAGUUGCCCAAGGGCGAGGGGGGCUGCCCCAAGGGAGCGGAGAUCCUCACCUUCGAGGAGUGCAGGGCGGCCAUCGUGGCGCUGGGCUUAAAGCCUGAUCCUUCCUGGACCAGCAACUACGAGGGUGUGCCCAGAUACUGCUCCAUGCGCGAGCGCCCGGGAGAGGGCGCGAGAGAGCGCAUGCACUUCAACACCGCCAACAAAGGCGCCGGGCGCGAGGACCUCGCGCCCAUCUGCCGGCGAGGCGCGCGCGUGUCCAACGCCGCCGCGAAAGCGAAGGCAAAGGCGGAGACGCAGGCGGUGCAGGAGCUGAGCGGGCGCUCGCAGCAGCGGUUCCUGGAGAAGGAAAAGCCCUGGUACCUGGUCUACAUGCGCCAGGGGACAUUGACAGCAGCGGAUGAGGACAUGCUGCUGGACAUCAAAGAUCGGUUUCAGCAGCGCCUGGAUCAGCGCGGCGUCGCGUUGGAGUGGCUCUGGAUGGACCUGGCCUUAGAGCGCCAGAUGCGGACCUUGCUGGACCCCCCGGCGCUGCCUUCGGCCAUGAUCCUGCGAGGCGGCAGCCAGCCGAAGGUGGCGAUGGUGAUCCACCGGGAGGAGGACGAUGAGUUUGUGCCCGCCACGGAGGAUGACAUCGUCCUCCUGAUGAAUACGUUGCUGGGAGAUGAGCUGAGGUUCCAACGCCUCAGCGCGAAGAAGCUCGAGAUGUCGUGGUCGGUGAGGCGAAGUUAGCACCUGGCGGAAAUCUGUGCACGGGCGCUGUGCGCUCAGCGCUUGCCGCCCAGACCCUCCGCUAAAGUGCGAAGACUUGCUAGGCGUAUUUGUCACACGGCCGUGACGCUCGUCAGCUUUGCUUCCAGGCAACUGGGGUGAAAACAUUGGCCCAACA